AUGGCACAUCCUUCACUCCAGCGCACGAUUCACGUCGUCAACACACUCGCCGAGAAGAUACUGAUCGUGCAUUGUCGAUCCAAAGACGACGAUCUCGGUGGCCACGCGGUGGCCGUCAACGAGAGCGUCAGCUGGAGUUUCGAGCCGAAUCUCUUCUGGGGGACGCAUUUCUGGUGCAACCUCGCGGUCGAAGAUAAGCGUAUUUCUUUAGUGGCGUACGACGAAGAGUCUGAGUACAAAACCGACUACUGGUUUGUUUGUGACGAUGGGGUUUAUGGACGGGAUAGGGUUACCGGCGUGAGGACUUAUAAGGCUGCAUGGAAGCGGGUUUGGCCACGUUGGUGA